AUGGUCGAGAAGUAUUCAGUCGGAUUUUGUAGCUCUGCCAGAGAUAACUCCGUUGCUCUGAUUGACCGACGCAGGCAAGACGAUCAUGCGAUCAUCUUGACCGGGUCCACGAGUGGUCUUGGUUCAUACUCGCUUUCAUCUCUGCUCCAGCGCGGGAACGUGUCUGUGAAAACUGGUUUCGAAGGACGCGGCCUGGAUAUCAUCUUUCUGCAGUCGGAGAAACCGGUGCAUGCAGAAACUGAUACCUUUCACGAUGACCCGAGUCUGGAUGAGCAAUUGUAUCAGAAGAUCCGCGCGUCUGUGACUGGCACUGUCAUUAUUACAACCUCGAAUGAGGGAAACGCGGAAUUUUUAGACCUCGCACUAUCUUCUCCGCGCCAUCCAAAACCGGGUUUCGUGUUCACCGCUUCUACGUUAACUGCUCAAGGCCGGUGUGGAGCAAAUGGGCCUUUCUCGGAAGAAGUGGAGUACGACGCACGUAUAGUAGCAGAAGGCCCUGGCUACGCCACGAGCAAAUAUGUUUGUGAAAGGCAAGUUGCCAGCAAAGAAUUGAUCAAAUACCGGAAGGGCUCCCACGAGGAGCUUGAAGAGCCUCCCAUUGUGGUUAAUCUCGUACACCCGAGGCCGAUAGCGUGGGGGGCAAUUAUGCGGCCUGUUGCACACGCCAUAGCAGAGCAUAAGCCUAUCACAAGUGUCCCGUUGCCUCUCAUUCCAUUAUUGGUGCCGCUUGAAAAUCUUGAAUCGAGUGCCAAGGACGCGAGGAAGGAAAAUAUUAAGCGCAUGCCUGCUAUCAAGCUUCUGGACUUCAUGCGUUUCAUGAUACGAUCAGAUAUCACGAUCAGGGCGUCUGGCGAGAUGCCUUCAGAAGCGGGUGACUCUACUCCAUUCGCCACGGAUGUGGCUCAGCAAGUCAGUCCGACGGUCGAGGAGCUGAAGCCGCUGUCAUCGGCAGAUGCAGUACAGUGGAUGGACUAUUGGGCGGCGGCGGGGAUGUUCAAAUGA